GCUCCUGUUAUUUAGCGGAAACAUAUUGAUUACGUCAGUUUUUGCAUCGUAAGACUACGGAAUGUAAAUAUUACAUACUGUACAUGCCUGCCAGGUUAACCUAGAUAUGCAAUGACUGCAGACGUCCGUGGGAAUGACACCUUCCUUCAGGACACUUUCUCCCGGCAUCCCGAGGGGGCGGGGUCGUGGGCAUUUAUAAGUACCGGCCCCCGUUGGGUGGACGCACUUUGGGAGGUCCAGCUGAGCCACAGCAGCGGAGGCGACUACUGUACACGCGUGGACUUCAAUGCUGUGGAUUUAUCUCACGAGCAGGACUUUGGACGCAACUUUCUCGCAACCGUCAGCAAAGAUGCUUCCUCUGACGUUGCAUCACUUCCUGUCCACGCUGGCUCUCUGCAGUGCUGCUAUGAUGGCUGAUGGCGAAUGCCCGGCGGUGUGCUCCUGCGCCCCCUCGUCCCAAGGGUGCCCAGCAGGGGUCAGCUGGGUGAGCGACGGCUGUGGUUGCUGUAAAAUAUGCGCACGUCAGUUCAAUGAAGACUGCAGCGCCAACCAGCCCUGCGACCACAUCAAGGGACUACGCUGCCACCUGGGGGCCGGAGGGGACCCCGAGAGGGGGCUGUGUCGGGCGGAGGCGUCAGGUCUUCCAUGUGAGUUCAACGGCCAGUUGUACCAACACAGCGAGAACUUCCAGCCCAGCUGUCAGCACCAGUGCACCUGUAUGAACGGCGUGGUGGGCUGCAUGCCCCUCUGUCCUCACCGGGUCCCCCUGCCCACCUGGCAAUGCCCGCGGCCCCGGCUGGCGAGGCCCCAAGACGCCUGCUGUGAGGAGUGGCUUUGUGACCAUCAUGACAACCGCAUCAGAGAGGAGCCAGAGGAGCCGCCCCGCAUCCUUCUGUCGGACGCUCAGAAUCUUCCAAACCACAUCAGUGCCUUGCUGCCACUCAAGCCACGGCCUCGCCAGCCAGCCACCGGAGGAGUCGUGUUCAGAGAUUCACUCCUCCCAUCUGAUCCAUUGCUGGAGUCCAGCUGCUUCCCACAAACCACUGAGUGGACCGAAUGCUCCGCCUCAUGUGGGAUGGGUCUGUCGAGUCGUGUUACCAAUGACAACCCAGACUGUCAAAUGAUCAGAGAAACCAGGCUGUGCCAGAUUCGACAGUGUGACCAGGAGCUUCUUCUCGCUAUUUGGGAAAAGCAGGGUAAGAAGUGUCAGAGAACUGUUCGGCCCCGGGAACCAGUCCAAAUCACCUUUGCUGGAUGCUCUACCCUACAACGAUACCGCCCUCGAACCUGUGGAUCUUGCACGGACGGCCGCUGCUGCAAACCGUCUCUUUCUCGCACCGUGCGGCUGCACUUCCUUUGCCCGGACGGUGAAAGCUUCUACAGAAAUGUCAUGUGGAUCCAACGCUGCAGCUGCAGGAGCAGCUGCCACGCACACAGCAGACCUUCAGGUCCUUCACUCAGCCUCCACAAUGACGUUCACACCUUCAGGCACUGAGUCACCAGGCCGCAAAGACUCUGCAUCGACCCCUUCCGACCCUUUAACUCCACCCUUGGCAAUAUACUCGCUUGCACUUGAGGCUUCCUGCCACAAUGACAUCACUUUCACUAGAGGUGCGAUCCCUCCGUGUUCCAGGAGAACACACUGUGCAGCUCUGUGAAAAUGGCGGCGUAAAGCUUGUACUGAGAACGGAUUUAUUUAUUUGUACAUGUAUGUCCACUUCAUCUGUUUCUACACAGAC